CGUGAUAGACAGUAAACUACGAACGGGAUUUUGUCUCGAAAGCGCGAAGAUCCUCUCUCCAACACGCCUUGCUUCCACAAUGCUGAACGCUGUCAGCAGCGGCCAUGUUUCGGAGAUGUUCAGAUACGCGCCGCUCUCGUUGGACCAUUUCCGAUUACUCCAGAUCCUGCCCGGAAAGGGUGGGUACGACGACGAAGUGGAAUGUGUCAUUGAUGAGUAUCCGCUCGCGCAGCGCACGACGCCCGAGUACGUGGCUCUGUCGUACACCUGGGGUGAUCGAGAAGGGGGCAGCAUUGGCCUCAACGGCCGACGCUUCGAGGUCGGGUUCAACCUGCAAGACAGCCUGAAGGCGCUGCGGUUUCACAACGUCGGGCGGUACGUCUGGAUUGAUGCCAUAUGCAUCAACCAGGACGACUUCGAGGAGCGCAAGACGCAGGUAGCCAGAAUGAACGAGGUGUACACGCUAGCCGUCUGCGUCGCCGUCUGUCUCACGCCAGAAAGCGGGGAGGAGGAGACUGGGAUCGUGGACGAGUCGUAUCGAACGUUCGCGGAGUACCGGAGGCACUGGAAACGGGGCCAGCUGACCGAUUUCAGCGGGACCGCCGGUCAGGACAGCGCCCGCAUGUACAACAGCGUGAGCUGGCUGGCGGGGAAGAGCUACUUUAGCAGGCUGUGGAUCGUGCAGGAGAACGUGCUGGCGAAGAAGAGGGUGCUCAUCUGUCGCAAGCACAAGACCCCGUGGCUGCAUGUGCGCUUCAUGGUCGGCGAGGCGGUCGCGCGGCCCCCCCAAGGUGUGGAUCAGACGGCAUUCGCGACCAAAGUCCUGCGCUCCGGCCUAGAGCAGAUCUCCCGGAUCGAGGCGAAUAAGCAAUCACCCGGCGAUCUGUGCGCGACGGGCGUGGCAGGCAUCAAAGCGGACUCGACGCCGGCCGAAGUGCUGUGGUGGACUAUGAACCUCUACCGCGGUCAGCGGUGCAAGGACGCCCGCGACAGGGUGUAUGGCAUGCUUGGGCUGCCUCAGCUGCAGCACCACGCUAUACGCAGCGCGCUGGCGGCUGACUACGAGAUGAGCAACACAGACCUGUUUGCGUAUCUGGUUGUGUGGCUGGAGAAGAACGGGCCGAUAAAGCGGUUCGGGUCCAGGGAAAACUCGCCGCUGGUGCGGUGGUGUUUCCUCCAGAAUAUCCUCGAAGUCGAUGUCGGCGCCGUCCUAGCCACGCUGAGAACGAACGAAUCGAACGCAUCCAGCCGCCCUGCGGUGGCUAAGGCGUGGCACGAGAUCAAGGGCCGGUCGUACUCUGUGCGUGCAUAUUACCAAGGCACAGUCAAGCGAACGAGUCCCGUCGACGACGUUGAGGAGAUUCUCCGCACCUUGGCGCAAGAGGGAGGCGACGAGGAGGCAAAGCGGAAACAGUCUAGGAUACUACAACACAUGAACCAAUUCCACCCGACGGCGGAUAGAACUGCUAACUCCAGUCCGCAGUCCACAUGGGCGCAGAUUGAGUGCAACUCUGGAGCCAUGGGAUAUGCAAAUCCGGCUACGCGCCCUGGAGACGUUAUCGUCCACUUGUUCUGCGACUACACGCCCAACAACACCGCCAUCUCUACGUCUGUUAUGCUACGCGAGGAGGCAGACUCGUCCUUCAUUUUCAUCGGGCCAGCCGCAUCGGCAGAGGCACUGGCGUCGACCAACCUGUCCUCGAGCCAUGAGGCCACCACGACCGUACAGAAGAUGCCAUCGAGACGCGCACCGCCUAGCGAGAAGCACAAGACCGAGCAAAAGCGGCUCCAGGGCUUGCAUGUCGCGCUCGACAGCACGACGCUUGCAGCUAUGACGUCGCCGGAUGCCUGUCGCUCCGUCGAGGCGACCUGGAGGCCAAAGGCCGGGUUUUCUGCGCGUUCCCCGAACGCUGCGUAGCACGACAGCGACGCUUUGUGUGCGCGUGUGCGAACGCUCUUUUCUACGCUCGACGUGCACGCAUUUGCAACCGUCCUUACUCUGCAGCCUUCGCCCAAGAGGCGAGGCACGUCGUCUGUGGGGUCCGCGAAACCCACCUAAGUCGCACUGUCUGCGGUCCAUAGGAUUGGGCAGCCCACGGGAUCGCCG